AUGAGACUUUCUGAUGAGGCGCUAUCUUACGUCGCAGGCUCUGCAUUCGAAGCUGGCACGGAUAGCACGACGGGCACGGUCCUCUGGUUUCUCAUGGCAGUCUUCUUCCCUGAAACUGUGAACAGGGCGCAAGCUGAGAUUGACGCUACAGUCGACGAAGACACCGUGCCUGGAUUCGCGGUUUACCGAGAACUUCCGUACUGUGCUGCGUUCGUCAAAGAGCUUGUCAGAUGGGCGCCUGCAGCGCCUGGCGGCUUCCCACAUGUUGCAGAUGCAGAUGACGAGUACCAAGGCUUCGGGCUCAAGAUGGAGGUCCUAGCAUCGAUCGUCUCUAGUGCGGCUGGAUCUCUUCCGUUGGAUGUUGCGUCGAUCCUCUCUGCUCUGCCCAGUACAGCGGGCUCAACUCCCAGCGACGUAGUUUCAGUGGUCUCCGCCGUUCCCAGUGACGUGUUUUCGGGUCUUUUGAGUGCUGCCGGAUCUCUUCCCUCUGAUGUGGCGUCCGUCCAUUUGGCGCUCUUGAGUGCAGCUGGGUUGGUCCCCAGUGAUGUUGUUUCGGUUAUCUCCGGCUCCGUUUUCCUCCGACGUCGCGUCGAUUUUGUCAGCGCUCUCCAGUGCUGCGGCGGGAUCCUUGCCGAGUGGAGUUGCAUCGACGAGCGUGGGUUUCAUGCUUCUGCAACUGCCGCAUCAACGCUAUCCAGCGCCGCCGGUGCUGUGGCCAGUAACAGCAAUGCGCUGUCCGCCAUCUCGAGUGCUGCCGCCGAUUCUGCCUUCUGUCGCGAGCGGGGCUGGAUCCCUCCCAAGCGCUGCUGCGUCAAUUCUGUCUGCGAUGUCGGCGGGGUGGGAUCGGUCCUUUCCGCAGUGUCGUCGAGUGCUCUUCCCAGCAGCCUUCCUGGAUCCGCCGUCUCGAGUGCGGCUGGCUCGCUCCCGUCUGAUUUUGUGUCUAUCCUCUCUGCGCUCUCGAGUGCGGCUGGAUUCGUGCCGGCGACAACCACUGUCCCUGCAGCCGCCUCGUCGGUCGUGUCGAGUGCUUCUGGCUCCGUUCCCAGCAACGUUGCCUCGCUUCUCUCUUCUCUUUCGAGUGCUGCAGCUGGCAGAGUGCCAAGUGGUGUUACUACAUCUAACGGCCUCAGCGUCCAGUCGAUUCAGUUCCCAGUGCAUUUGCCUCGGUCGUCACAGCUGUUGCUAGUGAUGCCGCUUCGAUCGUGGCCGCCGUUCCAAGCGAUGUUGCUGUCACCUCUUGUCUCUGCUGUUCUCAGCGACGUUGCCUCGGUGAUCUCUACGGCUUCCAGCGAUGUGGCCUCUAUCCUCUUGAGUGCUGCUGCUGAAUCUGUUGUGUCUGCAGCUCCCAGCGCGAUCAUGUCUGAUGUUGCGUCCAUCAUCUCUGCGUUGUCCAUCGUGCUGGCGCCGUCUCUAGUCAUGUGGCUUCGGGGAUCUUGGCGCUCUCCCAGCGACGUUGCCUCCGUUCUAUCAGCCUUGUUGAAUGCAGCUGGAUCUCUGCCCAGUGAUGUUGCUUCGAGUGUUCCUGUCAGUGCCUUCGCCUCGGAUGCGGGUUCCAUUAUCUUUGCUGCCGUGUCGAUCCUCUCGAGUGCUGCGGAUCCUUUGCCUAGCGAUGUCGCUUCGAUUUUGUCGGCCUUGUCCAGUGCCGCCGGAUCCCUCCCGAGUGAUGUCGCGUCUGUGAUCUCGGCUGCCCCCAGCGAUGCCGCAUCCAAUGCUGCGGCGUCCCUUCCAUCGGACGUGGCUUCCGUCGUUUCAGCUCUUUCCAGCGUCGCCGAUUUGGUUCCCAGCGAUGCCGUCUCUCUAGUCACUGCCGUCCCUAGUGAUGUGGCCUCUGCCAUUUCUGCCACGCCUAGCGAAGUCGCGUCCAUCCUCUCGAGCGCGGCUGGAUCUCUGCCUUCCGAUGUGGCUUCUAUCCUGUCUGCUCUGUCCAGUGUGGCUGGUGCGGUCCCCAGCGAUGUUGCAUCCGCAGCUCCUAGCGACGUUGCCGCCCGGGGAUCGCUUCCGCCUGAAGUUGUCUCCAUUUUGUCGGCUCUUUCCAGCGCUGCAGGAUCGCUGCCCCGUGGUGUUGCCCCGGGUGUCAGUGAUGUGCUCACGUUGGUCACGAGUGUUGUCGGAUCACUGCCCAGCGACGUAACACCAUCAGUCGCCUCGAGCGUCGUCGGGUCCCUUCCUUCUGAUGUCGCCUCGAUUCUGUCAGCGCUUUCUAGUGCGGCUGGAUUAGUCUCGAGUGAUGUGGCCUCUGUUCUCUUGGCUGCUCCCAGUGAUGUUGCGUUGAUCGACUCGAGCGCAGCUGGAUCCCUGCCUUCCGAUGUGUCCUCGAUUCUUUCGGCUUUGCCGAGUGAUAUUGCCUCAGUGAUCUCAGCCGCUCCGAGUGAUAUUGCGUCGAUUGUAUCAGCCCUCCCCAGCGAAGUCGCCUCUGUCAUCUGGGUUCCAGUCUGA